AUGACGGAGGUGAUCAUGACACAGACCCCCCCUGUCCUCAAUGGGCCCUCUGAAAAGGAAAAAAAGUACGACAGACAGCUGCGACUUUGGGCCGCGAGCGGUCAAGCAGCUCUUGAGUCUGCCAACAUCCUCCUGGUCAGUUCUGGUGCUGGGACAGUUGGUGUAGAGACCCUCAAGAACUUGGUGCUUCCCGGUAUUGGUCAGUUCACCAUCUAUGAUCCCGCCACAGUGUGCGAGUCCGAUCUAGGAGUCAACUUCUUCCUGGAUGAGGAUUCACUAGGGAAGUCGAGGGCGCAAUGCUGCACAGAGCUGCUGCUUGAGCUUAAUCCUGAAGUCAAGGGAGAAUGGCACCCAAACAGCGAGUCUGGUGCGCUCACCCUUGCGCAGCUUCUCGAGAAAUCACCAACCUUCACCAUGAUCAUCUACUCUCACCCUAUAAGCGAGGCUGACCAAGACCUCCUCUUUGCUUACGGCACCCAAAAUAAAACACCCCUCAUUUCCAUGCACUCGGCAGGGUUCUACUCAUACUUUCAGGUGAAACUGCCAGGCGCUUUCCCAAUAGUAGAUACUCAUCCUGAUGAGACCGCCACCACCGACCUACGACUGCUUACACCCUGGGCAGAGCUGCAGCAGUUCGCCAAGGAGCUGACGCAUAAUAUCGACAGCCUAGAUGAUCAUGAACAUGGUCACCUGCCAUACGUGGCGAUACUGCUCCACUAUCUCGACCAGUGGAGGGACACUCAUGAGGGGCGGUAUCCGACAACAUACGCAGAGAAAAAAGAAUUUAGGACUCUUGUGUCACAGGGGACAAGGAUAGGUAACGCCACGGGACCAGAGGAGAAUUUCGAGGAGGCCGUUGCUGCGGUGCUGAAGACAAUAUCGCCACCUUCGCUACCAGAUGGUUUGAAGGAAGUGUUCCGAUACCUGGAUUCUCAUAAACAGGCAGAUGAAAGGACGGGCUUCUGGCUCAUCGCGGCGGCCAUACGACAAUUCUGGGAGAAACACAAGUGUCUGCCUGUUCCGGGCAAGGUGCCCGACAUGAAGGCGCAGUCGAAUGUAUAUGUCCGCCUUCAAAACAUAUACAAAUCAAAAGCCCGGAAAGAUGUAGCUGAGGUCCUCGACAUUGUCCGGUCAUACCCCGGUGGCGACGAGGUCGAUCCUUCAGGGGUGGAACUGUUCUGCAAGAACGCAGCGUUCGUCAAGCUCAUCAACGCAGAGGAGGACGGAACCAACAAGGAUCGGCUAGCAAAGGUUGUGGAGGCCGAACUAGCCAACGAUGCCAUCGCCGAGGCGAGCAUGUUGCCACUCUCGUUGGUCCCAAUCUACUUGGCACUGUCCGUCACCGCACACGACCCCACUGCUACAAAGGAGCAGAUCAUGAGUGUUAUCAAAGAACGUGUGCCUAGUGUAGGUGACCACGAGCGGCUAUUGGAGGCUUCUGAAGAGGUUGCCAGGGCGGGAGGCGCAGAGCUUCAUAACAUCUCGGCCUUGACGGGCGGCAUGGUCGCGCAGGAGAUGAUCAAGAUCAUUGCAAAGCAAUACAUCCCAGUCGAUAACACAUGUAUUUUUGACGGCAUUGGGAGCCGCUGCCAGACACUUCGUCUCUAA